AUGAACUACGACUACGAGGGCUACCCCCUCUACAGUGAACGCCGCGCGCCAUACGUGCACUAUGGGCCAUUUGAGAUACUUACUUUCCUCAUGAGCUGUGCAAUGGGAGUAGCGAUUGUAUUCAGUCUCUCUUGUGCGAUCGGCUACCUAGCAGACCUCGCGGAGGAGUUCCCCACGCGUGCGAAGAAAAUAUUACACACCAUGACGAUUGGGGUCUUGGUGAUACAUUGCCUCAUCCUUCUCGUGGAUCAGCUUAGCUGGUGGCGCUCUUUCAUUAGCAUCGCGACAAAUGUCUUGUAUCUUCGCAUUCUGGCCAACUUUCCUCACAUCUCACCGACUCAACCGUUGGCGCUCAUAACGGUUGUGGUAUUGAUGGUGGAGAUGGUAUCAUGGUACACGCUGCUUGCCUUAUCCCACGAGUACUACGGAAUGGUGGGAGUCACGAAGAUCAUUUCCUUCGUCACGUUCCUGUGGAUGGUGCCGGUUGGUCUCGUCAUCUCGCUAGAGCUGGAGCCGACUGGGCUACCAGGUAGCAGCCUCGGUGCAACGUCGUCGCGUCACGCCGAUAUUGCUGCAGGUGGGCGCAAAACGACGAUCGUAAAGGUGGUGAAGAGCUGGUUUGCUCUUCAGCCAGACAAGUAG